AUGUCUUUAACACCACCGAACUCCAAAAGAACCACAUUGCAGGAGGACCUUGGGCGAGUGUUGAAACAACUCAACGCACUUGAGGUCGGGUCGCUCCCAAUAGAGAUCAACAGCGCUGUCGACUGUGCAAGGGCUGCCGCGCAUGACACUACCCAAGACGAAGCCGGGAAAGUUUUAGCCCUGACUAUCCUCGCUGCCGCCCUUCAAAAGCGGUACCAAGUUUCUACACCAAAGAAUCCUACUGAUCUGGAAGAAGCUGUCGACGUGACGCGAGCUGCCGUGGAGAUAACUAUUCGACGAUCCCAGGAAUCUUCGAUCAAAGACUCGCAAGUUUACUUCAUAAAUCUGGAACGCGCCCUCUGCUUUCGAUACGGGACAAAAGAAGAAGCACAUAUUGAAGAAUGCGUCGCUAUUGUAAUUCCCCUUCUCAACCUUGUCCAGCAGGGCAGCAAGUGCCAUGCUUUCACCUUGAAGAUACUCUCUUCUUUGUACAGUGCCGGUUAUAAUCGGACAAAGAAUCCAAAGUAUCUCGACGACGCAAUCGAUGUGACAAAUUCUGCGAUCUCCAUAAUCCCAGAAAAGCACCCCUUUGUAGCUGUCAUGCUGAAAGUUCUCGCCAAGUUACAUGACCAGCGUUUUGAGAAGACAAAUCUCCUGUCUGACCUGGAAAUCUUCAUCAGUACACUUCAAGAGUUAUCUGAAGCACAUAAUGAUACUCUCAAAAAGUUUGAUGUCGUCCACGAGCUCGCCUGUGCAUUUGAACGUCGCCAUAAGCUCACAGAAAACAUAGAAGAUCUGGAAAAGGCGAUUGAUUACGGGACUGCAGCUGUCAAACUGGCCCCGAAGAGCUCAUUAAAAGGCCACCCGAUUUCCGCAAGAGAUAUAAGCGUUCAUAAUCUGCGAAUCCACGUGAAAGACUAUUUCAGGAAAACAGGAAACAUCCCUGAAAUCGAUGAAGACUUUCUUGAGGGAGCAGGCAUUGUUGGGAUGCUUGUCAAUUUGGACAGCGAUAAUAAGACACAGCAGCGACACAAGAUCGCUAAAGCGCUUCAGAAACUCUAUGAAAAGACAAACAGGGUUUUUGACAUCGAGCAAGCCCUUCGUCUGACAUUGACUGCGAUGCAGUCAAUCGAUGACUCGCAGGAUGAAUGGGGAGCAAUUCAGGAUACUUUCAAAGCUCAUUUCCGUCUUUGGUCAGAACAUACUGGCAAGAUGCCCGAUUGCGAGAUAACGAUAAUGGCCUUUGAACGUAAUGGAGGCACUUAUAUCCCACCGGAAUCGACGGCGGACUUGGGCCUUAGCGUUCCACUCAUGAUAUUCAGCGGCGAGCUACCUGUGGAAUAG